AUUCGAGAGGAGCUUUCCGGCCCUCGUUCCCUAAGCAGUUCCAAGUAGGCGUGGGUCAGGAGCGGCCGGUUGCUUCCUCCAGCGGAAAACAAAAAGCGCGAUGGCCAGAGGAUGCCGGACGGACUGCGUGGAGCGGCCCCUGUCCGGCGUGCUGCGGCGCCUGGGGGGCUUGGUGGGCGCCCACCCGUGGCCCUUCCUGCUGCUGCCCAUGCUGCUCUCGGCCGCGCUGGGGGUCGGCUUCAUACAGCUGCCCAUCCGCAAAUCGAACGACAUCGAGGCGCAGUUCACGCCCCGCGGGGGGCCGGCCAAGGCCGAGCGGCGCCUGGCCCAGGAGCUCUUCCCGACGCGCGGCGCCGAGAACUUCUCCGCGCCGAGGCUGACCACCGAGGGCGCCUUCGCCUCCUUCGUGGCGGUGGCCAGUCAGCCCAGCCACACGCUCCUCACCCGGGAGGCCUUCGCCGAGCUGCUGGCGCUGGACGCGGCCGUGCGGGGGCUCGACGCCAGCGGGCUCACCUACGCCCAGGUCUGCGCCCGCCGCGACGGCUCCUGCAGCAGCCCCAACCCGCUGCUCAGCGCCGUCGGCGGCGACCCGGCGCGCAUCGAGGCGCUGCUGCCCGGCCUCACCUUCCCGCUCUGGCAGGGGCGCUUCUUCUUGGGCGCCUCCCUGGGGGGCGUCUCGGUGGAGCCUGGAGCGGCGGAAGACCGGAGCCGCCCCGUCCGGGCCGCCAAGGCUCUGCGCCUCUACUAUUACUUGCGAGAAGACGAUCCCGCGCAGCGAGAAGCCAGCUUGAAGUGGCUGAAGACCUUCCUGGAGCGCAUCCCCGUCCUGCUGGCCGAGUUGCACCUCACCUCCGUGCGGGUGGCGUAUUUUACCUCACUAUCUAGGCAGGAAGAGUUUGAAAAAAAUACCAAGGAAGUGGUCCCUUUGUUUUCCAUCACAUAUACUUUAACAAUAACCUUUUCGAUUUUGUCGUGUUCAAGGAUCGACUGUGUACGAACAAAGGUGUGGGUUGCAGCAUUUGGGGUGCUGUCGUCGGGCUUGGCCGUGCUCAGCAGCUUUGGGUUAUUGCUCUUUUGUGGGGUGCCAUUCGUCAUCACAGCUGCAAAUGCACCAUUUCUUAUACUUGGGGUUGGUGUUGAUGACAUGUUCAUCCUGGUGUCCUGCUGGCAACAGACUAAAGUCAAGGACGGAGUCAAGGAUCGGAUGGCUGACACCUACGCAGAGGCGGCUGUGUCUGUUACCAUCACAACUCUCACUGACGUUUUAGCCUUCUACAUCGGCAUUGCAACAUCCUUCCCAUCAAUUCAGUCAUUUUGCAUCUAUACAGGAACAGCCUUUGUCUUCUGCUACAUUUACAACUUGACAUUCCUUGGGGCAGUUCUUGCUCUGAACGGUAGAAGAGAAGAAAGCAACAGACACUGGCUCACGUUCAUGAAAGUGCCGACUGAAACUGAGGGUUCUCGUGGCUCUGCAUACAACAUUUGCUGUGUGGGAGGAUCUUAUGAUGAGACCACUGGGGCAGAGUAUGAGCAUCCUAUGAACGGGUUCUUCAGAAAGUAUUUUGGUCCUUUUGUUGUGCACCCCUUGACCAAAGUGUUUGUGGUCCUUCUGUAUCUUGGGUAUCUAGGUAGCAGUAUUUAUGGGUGUACUCGGGUUAAAGAAGGUAUAGAUCUUCGAAAUCUAGCCAGUGAUCGUUCUUAUGUCAUUCAAUAUUAUGACUGGACGGAUGAAUAUUUUAAAGAGUAUGGUCCAAGGGUUAUGGUCAUUGUUCCUGAAAGCAUACCAUAUUGGAAUCCAAGUGUUCGUGCAGAUCUUGAGAACUGCAUGCAGUUGAUAGAAAACUCAACCUAUGUUGAUAAGUAUUUAUCAGAGUCGUGGUUGAGAAUAUAUGUAAUGAUCGCUAACAGAAUGUCUCAAAAUGUAGAUGAUCGUCGCUCUUUCAUUGAUAAUUUACCUAUCCUGUACCAAGCGAAUCCAGAGUCUAAGUGGGAUGUUAAUGUAACUGAUCUGGAAAUUUCAGCUUCACGAUUUUUCAUACAGACAGUCAGUGUCACUAGUCCAGUUGAUGAGCGAAAGCUUUUAGAACAACUGAGAGGCCUUGCAGCAGACUGUAAAAUACCACUGAUAGUUUAUCAUCCAGCUUUUAUAUACUUCGAUCAGUACCUUGUGAUAGCUCAGAACACCAUUCAGAACGUCGUGAUUGCUACUGGAGCCAUGUUACUUAUUUCCUUGCUGCUGAUUCCCAAUCCUUUGUGCUCACUGUGGGUAACUUUCGCUAUUGCCUCUGUUAUUGUCGGUGUGGCUGGGUUCAUGGCCUUUUGGGGCGUCAAUCUUGACUCCAUUUCUAUGAUCAACCUUGUUAUUUGCAUAGGGUUUUCAGUGGAUUUUUCAGCUCAUAUUUCUUAUGCUUUUGUUAGCAGCGAGAAACCCACUAUGAAUGACAAGGCGGUGGAUGCUCUAUACCACCUUGGUUACCCUGUUGUCCAGGGAGCUGUUUCCACCAUUGUGGGGAUAUUGGUGCUGUCCAUUGCACCCACUUACAUUUUCAGAACAUUUUUUAAGAUUAUGUUCUUGGUUAUUUUGUUUGGAGCUGCUCACGGUCUCAUAUUUAUUCCUGUGUUUUUAACCUUCUUUGGCGUUUGCCAGAAGUUGCCAAGCCGGUACAAUGAAAAUGCAUCCAAUGUUGAAAGAGGAACCCCUGUGAAAACAUUUGAAGAAGAUUCUAGUCACCUGUAAAGGCUCCCUUGUGCAUUGUGUUGCUUGCUAACCAGAAGGAAUAUGUGCAAUCCUACCUCACAUACUCUUGCCACCUUGUCUUAAUGUACUUGAAAUGGUUGUUGGGCUCUUGUAUUUGGAAUCUUUGUCUAUACUAGAAACCUCCAUACUGAGUGCAUUCCAAUUUCUUAAGGCCUGUUUUACAAAUUGGCUCUCUGGCAUAUAUCUACAAUUAACAUGCUGUGUGGUAUAGAUUGUUCAAGUCACUGUUAGAAUGCUUUCAGUGUUAAUGCUGAAGGCCAAUGCCUUUAAAUCUCAGCAGAAGCACUAAGCUAUUUUAGCAUGAAGAAGCCCCCCCCCCGUUAUGAAACAGCCUAUAUUGAAUCUCAGCAAAUGAUAAUUCAUAUACCAUAUUUCCCCUCCCCCCACCUGUAGUUUUAAAAUUGCUGUGCACAGCCAUAAAAAGAAGUGUAAUGACAGCUGCAACUUAACCUGAGGAAGGCUUGGUUUUAUGCUGGCAUUUUAGGAGUCUCAGUCCUGUGUUUCAGGGAGAUGGAUACAAAUGCUUAGAUUGGCCACAUGGUCAGCCCUGCCGCUAAAUGCAUGAGUUUGGGAUACAAACUAUAUAUAUUAUUCUUAUUUCUGGUUCUGACAUUCAUUAAUCUGCAGGUGCUAAUAUAUGCUUAGUCUCACUGGGGUAAAAUUUAUAAAAUGCUGCAAGGAUUAUGGAUGUGCAGUGGAGGAAUUUUAGGCCAUUUAUCAUUUUCAAGCCUGUUUCUUAAAGGCCAUUUGCUGUGUCACAUUUCCCUUCCUGAAGGUGCCUUCAGAAUAACUCCAAAGGAGCUAUAAUACAUAUGUAGUUGAUACUCCAGUGUUGGAACCUCCUUGAGGCCUGUA